UGGCUGCCGCUGUUUUCCAAGCUCCUCCUCUAGGUGGUGUUACGAGAGGCCGGCUGCACCUUCAGAUUGUUCUAGCAGCGGCAGCACCUGGAGAGAGAGAGAGAGGAACCCAUGGGCACCAGCGAAAUGAGCCUGACACCGCAUGUGUUCUGGGCACAAAGGCACCAUGAGCUGUACCUGCGGGUGGAGCUGAGCGAUGUGCAGAACCCAGACAUUACUAUCUCUGACAAUGUACUAAAUUUUAAAGCCCAAGGACAUGGAGCCAAAGGGGUUAAUUUAUACGAGUUUUCCUUGGAAUUCUUCGCACCUGUAAAGCCAAAGUUUAUACAGAGAUCAACACAGCGCCAGGUUGCAAUCACUGUAAAAAAGAGUGAGAAGCUUUGGUGGCCACGGCUGAUCAAACAGGAGCGCAAGCCUCGGUUCCUAGCUCCAGACUGUGACCGCUGGCUAGAUGAAUCAGAUGCGGAAAUGGAGCUUCGAGAAAAGGAAGAAGAAAGAAUAACGAAAAUAAGAACAGAAUCUAGAAAACGAGAAGACCCUUUCCUGUACCUGAAGCGUGGCUAUUUAUUUAUGUAUAACCUUGUGCAGUUCUUGGGAUUUUCCUGGAUUUUUGUUAAUAUGACGGUUCGGCUUUUCAUUCUUGGGCAAGACUCUUUUUAUGAUACAUUUAAUAGCAUGGGUGAUAUGAUGUAUUUCUGUCAGACUCUGGCUCUUUUGGAGAUUAUAAAUCCCUUAAUUGGAUUGGUGAAAACAGGAGUUGCACCGGCAUUGAUCCAGGUUCUGGGUAGGAAUUUCAUUCUCUUUUUCAUCCUCGGGCAACUGGAUGAAAUGCAGACAAAAGCUAUAGUCUUCUUCAUAUUCUACCUGUGGAGUUCCAUAGAGAUUUUCAGGUACCCAUUCUACAUGCUGGCCUGCCUAGACACUGAGUGGAAGCUGCUAACAUGGAUCAGAUACACAAUUUGGAUCCCACUUUACCCCCUUGGAGCACUGGCAGAGGCUGCAUCCAUUAUCCAGGCAAUCCCCAUCUUUAAUGAGACAGGAAGAUUUAGCCUUCGGCUGCCUCUUGAAUUUACUGUCAGCUUCUCUGUGUUUCUUGUUGUCUACCUGGUUCUGUUAUUCCUUGGACUUGGCAUCAAUUUACGGCAUUUACUUAAACAGCGACGUCGGCGUUUGGGCAGCAGGAAAAGGAAAAUGCAAUAAACGGCCUACAGUAUGUUCCCUGCACUGGAUAAUGCAAAUAUCACGAGGACAUAACCAGUGGUGUCUCUAAGAACUUGCAGUUUAAUUCUUCAUUCCAUCCUACUCUCACAUUCCUCUCCUUUCCCCCUCACCUGCACUAUAUUCCUCCUUUCAAUCCCACCUUUCAUGUCUUCACAACACUUAAACCGGUGUCAGGAUCUUCAGCAAAACCCUUGCUCCUUCAGGGCUGUCAUUUAGGUGUUUUGCAGCCAUAGCAUUAGCUUACAGUAGAGGCCACUCUAACAGACACAUAGCUGCAGUCAGUAUUCUCAUUGGCUGAGGCCAUAGCUCAGGGCAGGGGUGGUCACAGAGGUCAUUUUCUUUUAAUCAUUCUGACAGAUGAAACUUGGUAGAUAUACGGUUCAUUUUUUUAUGGGUGCAGAAGAGCUGAAGCUUAUAUCACAAGUGGACAUUUGUAGAGCCAGUAGCUUACUAUGGUAGCAAUAUAGGGUCUCUUGUUUUGAUGCUACACAGUUAACUGUACUUUUAGAGUCUUACUCACAUCUUGUUAGCUUAUACUUUGGAUGAGCUGCAUCCAAUUGUCCAAUCAUGCAUUUUUUUUGUCAACGACACAACUGACUUGCCACCAAACUGUUACAUUUCCCUACUGAAUAUUAGGUAACUUCCUGCUGCUUUGCCAUUACUAGCCCCAAGGAAAGGAAGGAGCAGAAAUUCUACUGUUUCCAUUGGACAAAUCAGAAAUACUGUCCACCUUACAGGGGGAUAAAAGCCUCACGAUGAGUCCUGGAAUGUUUUUAUUAGCAAAAAAAAAAAAAACCCAAAACAUUUCUCAUUCUUUUUAAAAUAAUGCAUAUGACUUUGUCUGCGUUUUAAUUAAUUUUUUCCACCAAGAAUAAUAAAAAGGUUU